GAAAUAAGGGCACUUCCAAUGGGACUCAAUGGGACUCUAUGGGACUCUAUUUCUGCAGUGCAUGGAAACUGAGCCCAAAAAUUGUCUCCAGGAGUCGGGUGUUACCCAACUCCUGAAUGAAGAAUGUGGGGGAAAGAGGGGGGAAGAAGCGGUAAGACACAAAAAGGACGUGGGAUGGCUGGUCAUCCCAUAAGACAAGAAAAGAUAGGAGGGAAUGGGGUAACACAGUUCCCUAUGCUUUCCCCCACUUUCCCCUAUUAAAUGUGAUGAGGUCCUGAGUCAACAUUUGAGAAAGCUAGUUGGACAGGUAUUGUAAUUUAUUAUAUCUAGAGGACACCCAUUUGGGAAAAACUAAUUUAUAUAAUAGUGUGGAUAUGGUGUGAGUGAGCAUAAUCUUAAUGUUCAUGCAAAUAAACCCAAACAUAUUCAUUCUUUGCUCCAGCUAGAGAUGAAGGUAUAUUAUUAGCCUGGCUCCACAUCUCCUAUUUUUGAGGUGGGGGUAAGGACAGUCACUGUGUUUGCCUGUCCCGAAGUUCCCAUAUCUGGGCCAAAAAUGCCCUUCUGUUCUAACUUCUGGCACAUUCUUUGAGGGGAGGAUGGGAGAUGCUUAUGACUCAGGGGUUCAUGAUUAGGGAGACCAUUUUAUGUUUCAGUUUGUAUCUGUUGCCAGAGCUCCAGUGUAUCAGCAGCAAGUGAGAGAGGCAGACAGUGGCAAUACGUGAUCUUGGAUCCUUGUAAUUGUUCCUCAUGGGUGAAUUCCAGCAACAUCUGCUUACUGUCCUUGGAAGUAUUGUUUGUCUGGUUUUCCUGGUGAAGAGCCUUCGGUUCCUGAAGUAUGUCUUCCCAUACAUACGAAGUACUUUGCCCCCAACUUUUUUCCAAUCAAUGGGGGAAUGGGCAGUGAUUACGGGAGCAGGAGAUGGCAUUGGAAGAGCCUAUUCCAUUGAGUUAGCCAAACGGGGACUAAAUAUUGUUUUGAUUAGCAGAACAUUCCAAAAAAUGCAGAGAGUAGCCUUGGACAUUGAGCAGACCACAGGACAAAGAGUGAAAAUCAUACAAGCUGACUUCACCAAAAUGGACAUAUAUAGUGAUAUUGAAAAAAGCCUUCAAGGAUUAGAAGUUGGAAUUUUGGUCAACAAUGUUGGAAUGCUUCAGACCAGCAUCCCGUGCCAUUUUCUUGAUGCACCAGACAAUGAUCAGGCCCUUAUCAACUGCAACAUCAUGUCUGUCACCCAGAUGACACGGAUAGUUUUGAAGCAGAUGGUGCCAAGACAAAAAGGACUGAUUCUGAAUAUAUCCUCUGCUGUCGGCACCUUUCCCUGUCCGCUAUAUGCCAUCUAUUCUGCUUCCAAAGCUUUUGGGUGCACAUUUUCUAAAGCUCUUCAAGCAGAAUAUAACACAAAAGGAAUUAUCAUACAGGCAGUGACUCCUUAUUCUGUUUCAACUCCAAUGACGAAGUGGUCAAAGCCUAAUCUAAUCAACAAGACAGCAGAAGAUUUUGUUAGGGAAUCCCUGGAGUACAUCACAUUGGGUGAUGAGACAUUUGGAUGCUUAGCCCACGAAAUAUUGGCACGGCUCGUGCAGUGUAUUCCUUUGUGGAUCUUUCACAGUGAGAGAGUACAAAAUAUGCUGAAAGAUGCUAUUUCAGGUCAGCUGAAGAAGAAUUCGAACAGUACUUGAUUUUAAAAAAACUUCACUUGGAGCAGAUACCACUGCAGGCUCUCACCUGAAAGUUUUGUAUGACUUAUGACCACAGUUGAUGCUUUCCAGCUGAGCAAAUUAAAACAAAUGCAUAAAUAAAUCUAGUAUUAACUACAA